AUGCAAAAUCAAAUUCAUCCAACAAAAAACAAAAACAAUCAUUAUAGAACGAAGCAUGUUUUUGCCGUCACAAAUUCUUGCAAAAAUUAUUCUACUACCACUUUUCUUUCCGAGAAUAUUUAUUCUGAACCAGUAACGUUGGUUACUACUGAAAACAAACAAAUAUUGGAUACUACAAAAUUUAAACAAUGGACAAAAGAACAAGUUUGCUCCUUGUUGUGCACUGAUGAAAGAAAAGGUGGAGCUGGUUUGAUUGUUGAAAAGGUAAAGCAAUUGUAUGAUGUUGGGUUUGAUGGUAUUGCUCUUAGUAAUAUUGUUACUUAUAUCCAAGAUAAGGACAAGCAUUAUGCUAUUACACAAGUAAGAAACAACAACGAUUACAAAAGCAUUUCCCAAACCACUUUAGAGGCCGUUGUUAAUUGGGUAUACCAACUACUCACAACAAGACUCUUUCAUUUGUGGCAAACUGAGAAAAUCAGUCAAGCAAUUAGCGAAAGUUUAGAAUAUUUAACUAAAAACGAAAGUUCCUACUUGUUAUCCCUAAAACUAAGUGGCAUUCAAAUAUCUGACAACAAUGAGAAAGUGAUUGAAAGAUGGAAACAACAGUACAUAAUUACUUGUGACAAUGUUGAUUUUUCAAAUCGUAGUUUAUUGGCAAGUUUUAUUGCAAAACAUGGAGCCAGGCUAAAUGCUUAUAGAUUAGUUCGAUCAAUUAUCGACAUGCCAUUCAAAUAUAAUGAUGAACUUGUCAAGGGAAUUUCUGAAACGUUUCAUAAAUUAGAAACCGAAACAGACAAACAAAAUAUUUUUAUUCCUUACCUUGCCUACGCUUCUGGAACAGGAAAAUCAAGGACAUUACAAGAAAUUUUCAAAUUAACCACCCAAGAAAAAAAUUACAAAGAUAAUUCAUUGGAAAUAAGAAUUUCCUUUGGUAAUGGUAUGAGUUUAGGAGCUGGUGAUGAUUUAAAAAUGGGAUUUUUAUAUAGAAUAUUGUUUUCAUAUUUAAAUUUCCCAAGUUUUGAUACAAACACCAUUACAUCUAUUGCAUCUGAAUUAGCCAAGAUCAAUCCUACCUUUGAGGAGUUAAUAUUGACAAUAGUACAGCACUGGAAGGAAGUUAACAACAAACCAAAAGAUUCACCUGUUGCUGUUUAUUUGGCUAUUGAUGAAUAUACCAAAGUUAAGGAGUUUCCACACAUGAAUUUUUCAGAAAUUAUCACUAUGAUAUGUAAUUUUGUAAUACUCAACAACCAAAAACCAUCUUCUGUUAAACUUUUUCCAUUAUUUGCUGGAUUAGAUAUGGCUUUCUUUGAAAGGAGAGUUUUUGAAUCAGGUUUCCAUAGUAAUUAUUUUACUCCUUACCAAUUUUCUGAUGAUGACGAAUUAGAAAUUGUUUGCAGAAAUGUUCCUUCUUUAAAAUAUGCAGCACCGUUAUGGAAAGCUCUUACUUUUAUUAACAAGCAUCCUAGAAUGAUUGAAUGGUUUUUGGAUAAUUUGAAGGACACAAAAUUAACAUUGAACGUUGAAGAUAGAAUACAAAAUGCCUACAACAUUGCCAAGAACAAUUUUUCUAGUUAUGGUGUGAACUUUGUUUUUGAAAAUGAAAUAGCUAAAUUAAUUUUGGCCCACACUUUAACAGAAACACCUGUUAAUUCUGAAAUUAUAGAUACAAUUGAUACAAGGAAAUUAAGACAAUUAGAAGAUAAUGGAUAUAUAAGAAUUGCUAAUGGAUUGAUAACAAUGUCUCUUCCAAUGAUCUUGAGUUGUUUAAAUAUUAUCAUAUUUGAUGAUCCUAAGAUUAAGACGUCCUUUGAAAAAUUAUUUAAAUCACUUGAAAAAGCAGCAUUUAAAAAAAAAACCACCUGUUCCAGAGAUUUUAAAAUCUUCAAUGCACAUUUUGAAAUUGUAAAAAAUUAUUGCUUUAUUAUUUUAGGAGUAUCUCAAAUGCAUAUCAAGGAUAGAUUUAAGGGAAUUAUGUUUCAAAAAGAAAUGGGGUAUAGGAUUAUUAAUUUAAACACAUUUCCAAACAAAGUUGUUACUAUUUUAACAGAUGUAACUAGAUCAAAAUAUGAGAUUCCUCAGAACACUUUGGUUCAAAAUAAUUUUACCUCUUCAUUUUUUCAUAGAUUUGCUGAUUGCAAUAUUGAUAAUAACAAUUGGACUAUCUUAUGGCAAGACAAGAGUUUCACAUCAGAUUCAAACAGUUUAACAAUGACUGCUGUUAAGAAAAUUUAUCAAAAUCAUUUCAAUGAACCAAAACUUGAACUGAUAGGUGGAACCCCAAAUACUUCUCUUGCUAUAAUUAUUACAAACAAACCUCUUAGUGCAAAUCUUAAGGAUGGUAAAUACAAGUUCCCCCCAAAUUUUGGCAUCCUUGGUCUGAGUGGUUGUGAGCAAUAUUAUGGGAAAUUUAUUUACAGGAGUUAUUUAUUGAAUAUUUCUGAGCUUGCAUUUCUCCAAAAGAAACAAUCAUUGAUAAACUAA